GCCUGCAAAAUGGUCAGUCUCGCUGUCUGGACGUCAGCACCACCAUCGACCGAAACAACGGUGGACACGCGGAACUUGAAGGACUCAGCGGUGUGGUAUCCGGAAAUCCCCGGACCAGCGCUCUGCUUGCACGAGGAAUCCUUCCUGCCGCGCAGCUUUUUCACAUCUGGAUUCAAGCCUCUGUUUUGGUGCUGCUUUGGCGGCCCGGCAGGCAGAUAUCUUGCCCAUUUGACUCGAAUUCAGGCGUUAUGGUAUGCCGGUGGCAUCUGCCGCGUGGACUUUUUCUUCGACACCGAAGUGCCAUCCGAGCAUCGCGUACUUGGACGCUACAAACAUGGGAAAGUUUGCUCGCACCUCAACUUUACAAUCGAUGGGCCGGGUGGAGAACGGAUCGAAUCCAUCGAGAUCGGGCAUCGCUAUCCGGAUCCUGGAGACAGCGUCCCUUGGGCUGUUAAGGAGGGGAUCUUGCUUUGGUGUGAGCUCCGUACAAACCGUGGGAGAUCAUGCCGCUUCCCGGAUGCGGAUGAGACGGACAAGACCCCAACACCCAGUGUCCAAAAGCUCAUUACCCCCGCUCCGGGGUCCAUGAUUACCGGCCUCUAUGCUACUCAACGCCCUGAUUAUGGAUAUGGAUUCACGGCCAUGGGUGUGAUUUCUGAAAAGGUGGAGAAAAACGACCCAUAGGCCACAGAUACCUCACCAUGCCACCCAUCGAUUGUCUGGUGAAGGUUUUCAGUCCCAAGUUGAGUCUCAACCGCUUACACAUCACUGACCCUGCCGGCCUGCCCCUCCUGUAGAAUGGCGGAGACAUCAAGAUUCCCAGGAGCGCACACCACCCCGAGAGCGCCCGGUCAGAGUUCCGAAUCCACGCAAACGCAAAGCAGCAGCUCUGACCGAAAUGAAACAUUCCGAUCA